AUGAAGUGCUUUGUAGUGUUAUUUGUUGGUGCGUGCUUGCUAGCACUGGUCAGUGCGCGACCGGAAGGAUAUAACUACUACACGCCCCAUGGUUCUAGUGGUGGUGUCGGAUCCAGUGGAACGGCAACCUCUAGUGCGAGUUUAGUGUUUUCUUCCGGAUCUUCCGGUGCGUCACAGGGAUCAUCUUCAUCGGCGCACUCGAUCGAAGACUGCGAGGAACCGGCACUGCACACUAACGAACACCUCAACACUCACGUGGAGUACUUUGCGCCACAAGCCGAACACCAUUCGCAGUCGUCCUUGUUCCAGGGUGCAACUUUGGGUCGUCAACACGAGUUCCCAUCGCAUGCGCAGCACGGUCAUCAUCACUAUGAAGCCCCGAAGGUCCACUACGUACAGCAGCCGGUGAUCAAGGAGGAAAUACACAAGCACGUGUACGUGCACGUUGCACCCGAAGAGAAGGAAGAGAUCCACCAGAAGGUAGUGCUGCCAACCUACACCAAGCAGAAGCACUACAAGAUCAUCUUCAUCAAGGCACCGGCCCCACCGACACCAAGCAAGGUCGUCCUUCCGCAACAGCCUGUCAACGAAGAGAAAACGCUCGUCUACGUCCUGCAUAAGAAGCCGGAGCUGGAGCAAGAGAUCGUCGUACCGCCGCCAGCCAAGGCUAAGACCCACAAGCCCGAGGUCUACUUCAUCAAGUACAAGACCGAGAAGAAGUUGCAACACCAUGAGGAAGAACAGCACCACCAUCACGAGUCACAUCACGAGUCAUUCGCUUCCAGCUUCGGUGGUAGCAGUACCGCCAGUAGCGUUGGCUACGAGGUAUCCGAUCUGACCGGAUACUCCGGUGGCGUGGUUAGUACCAGCUUCGCCCCAAUCGUCGUAUCGGAAGGUGCGUACCAGUACAGUACGACGGCCGCACCGGUCCAGCUGAACAAGGUCGUCGCGGCCAUUCCUUCGACACCCUACGUCAGCAGCACGGCACGCGCUGUCACCGGAAACUUUGGUAGCCAAGACAUUAAUGUGUCGAACGUAGGUUUGUCUGGAUUCUCGACCGGCUCCAGGGCGGCAUCCUCUAGCUCCUCGUUGUCGUCGUCCUCUUCCUCUUCCUCCUCCACGAGUUCCUCUUCACGUGGACGGCAGCGUGGCGGCAAAAAGCCCUGCGGGGGUUGCAGCAAGAAGACCAGCGGUCAGCUCAAUGUCGGCGGUACUCUGGAUGCGUUCGUGUCGAACGUCUUCUGA